AGAGAGAAACGUCGUCCUCGACGGUUGUCGUUCCUCUUGUUGGUUGUAAUUACUACUACGAUGGUAAUCGUGUAUUACAUUCAAUACAAACCGGGUACUCCAUGCUAUCGUUUAUAAUUUACGUAAAACGCCCUCACAAAUACCCGGUGCGUUUUAUAAUAUAGACAAUUAUUUAUAAUUUAAAUAACCUUUCACUUAAUAUAUUUAUUUUAUUAUUAUUAUCGUUAAAUAAAUAUCUAUACGCAGGUACAUGCACUUGACAACUUAUUGUAUAUUUUUUAAAUUUAAAUGUUAAAUUAGACAGUUGAUGAUUAUUUAUUUACCGUAAUAUUAAAAAAUAUUCAUAAAUAUCUACUGGUUAAAUAAAUAAAUAAAAUUUAAAAAGUGUAACGUGGGUGUGAAGUGCGAGGGCGGGUUAUGGAGCUUUAUCCAUAUCGCGUGUAUUUACUUUUGUCUUCAUUUAUUUUAUCAUCUUUUAUUGUCGGAACGUCAAGAGCAUCUGAUGGAAUCCCUACUGAUCCUCAAAAAGUUUGUCCCCUGAGACAAUUUCAAUGUAAAAAUGGUAAUUGCUUACCUAUGCCGUGGGUUUGCGAUGGUGCAGACGACUGUAAAGAUAACUCGGAUGAGAUUCCAAGCAUAUGCAAACCAAAAUCAUGCAACCAAACUGAAUUCAAGUGCAAGAGCGGCAAGUGUAUACCAGGAAAUUGGCAAUGUGACAACGAGCGUGAUUGCUAUGAUGGUUCGGAUGAGGAUCCUGCUAUAUGCCGAAGAAUACCCUGCAAUAGAGAUACUGAAUUUCAAUGUAGCCCAGGUGAAUGUAUCGCUAAAUUCUGGAUUUGUGAUCAUCAAAAUGAUUGUCAGAAUGGAGCUGAUGAAAUAAAUUGUCACAAUACGAAAAAUUGUACAGUGGAUCAGUUCACAUGCCGUUCGGGGAAUGGCGAAUGUGUGGCACUGGCUUGGAUGUGCGACGAUAACCCGGACUGCUCAGAUGGUUCUGAUGAGGCUGACUGCAAUGACACAUGUCGCUCGGAUCAGUUCACAUGUGCCAACAAAAAAUGUAUUCAAAGCAAUUGGGUGUGCGAUAAAGACGAGGAUUGCGAUGAUGGAAGUGACGAAAAAAAUUGUCCUCCAGUAACAUGCAAUCCUGACACCGAUUUCACGUGCGCUUUGGGAAACUGCAUCCCAUUACGCUGGAGAUGUGAUGGUGAUUAUGAUUGCUCGGACCAUUCAGACGAGGAAGGGUGUAAAAAAGUAGACGGACCUACCCACUGUGCUGAGCACGAAUUUCGCUGUGAUGAUCUAACUUGCAUUCACCGUACUUGGGUUUGCGAUAAUGGAAAAGAUUGUCCGAAUGGUUCGGAUGAGUCUCCAGAGAGAUGUCAUAACGUAACAUGUCGUUCUGAUCAAUUUCAGUGUGGAGAUCGGACAUGUAUUUUAGGGCACUUAUCAUGCGAUGGAAACCCCGACUGUAAAGACGGCAGUGAUGAGAAAAAUUGUACGACAAAAGCAUCGCCCUGUGAUUCACAUACACAAUUUGAGUGUAGUGAAGGCUCUUGUAUACCAUUGGAUCGUGUAUGUGACAAGAAACCAGACUGUAUUGGUUGGGAAGAUGAGAGCCAAGAGCGAUGUGGUGUCAAUGAAUGUUUGAAAAACAACGGGGAAUGCACACAAAUAUGUGUUGAUAUGCCAAUCGGUUACAGAUGCGCCUGUCGACCUGGUUACCGGCUCAUCGAUAAUCGUACGUGUGACGACAUAGACGAGUGUCUUGAACCCGGAAGUUGUUCCCAAUAUUGUUUCAACGAAAAGGGUACAUUCAAAUGCUCAUGUGCACGCGGUUAUCUUAGAGAUCCAAAGAAUGUGACGCGUUGUAAAGCCGCCGAGGGUCAUGCUAGUCUUUUAUUCGCCCGGCGACAUGACAUCAGAAAAGUUGCUCUUGACAGACAAGAAAUGACGGCCAUUGUUAACAACACAAAAAUGGCAACGGCAUUAGAUUUUGUCUUUCGUACGGGGAUGAUAUUUUGGAGUGAUGUUCAUGAGAAAAAAAUUUACAAAGCUCCCAUUGAUGAAGGUAAUGAAAGAACGGUGGUCAUUGAUAAAGAUUCAACGACAACUGAUGGGCUUGCCGUUGAUUGGAUUUAUAAUCAUAUUUACUGGACGGAUGCUGGCAAGAAUACCAUUGAGCUAGCUAAUUUUGAAGGUAAUAUGCGUAAAACAUUGAUAAAGGAUCAAAUACAAGAGCCGAGAGCUAUUGCGUUAAAUCCACUAGAGGGAUGGAUGUUUUGGACAGAUUGGGGUGAUGAGGCACGCAUUGAAAGAGCUGGAAUGGAUGGAUCUCAUCGAUCGGUGAUUGUUGGUAGUGAAGUCACUUGGCCGAAUGGUUUAACGCUCGAUUUAGUUGGUAGAAAAGUGUACUGGGUUGACGCUAAAUUACAUAUUAUCGGAACUUGUAAUUACGAUGGUACUGGAAGACGUACUGUUUUAUAUUCACAAGAUAAUUUGAGACAUCCAUUUAGUAUAACUACCUUUGAAGAUUAUGUUUACUGGUCCGAUUGGGACAAACAGUCUAUAUUUAAAGCCAAUAAAUUUACGGGAAAAGAAGUUAAAUCAGUAACGCCACUUAGAUCAUUACAAAAUCCAAUGGUUGUUCAUGUUUAUCAUCCAUAUCGACAACCUGACGGUACUAAUCAGUGUCAAGCUGUUAAUGGACACUGUAGUCAUUUGUGUUUACCAGCACCAAAAAUAAAUUCUAGAUCGCCGGUGCUCAGUUGCGCUUGUCCUGACGGGUUAAGAUUAUUACCCGAUGGUCUAAUGUGUGUCGAGAACGUAACAACAACAACGGAACCUACGACACAAGAAUCUACGCGACCAUUCAGAAAAUUAGAGCCUGUUGUUUCAACAACGGUUUCAGGAGCUGCGGAUGUAGUUGAUACUAACGGAAACAGUAAUCUCGGCACCGAGCCAACAGAUCCUGGACUGGUUGCUGGUAUAGUUAUUGGUGUUGUAACCUUAGGUCUUCUAUUACUUGCACUGGUGGCAGUAUUAUGCUACAGGCAUUAUCUACAUCGCAAUGUCACAAGUAUGAAUUUCGAUAAUCCAGUGUACAGGAAAACUACCGAAGAUCAAUUUAGUCUCGAAAAAAAUAGAUUCCCCUUACCUACGGCAACCGUUGGCGAAGAAGCACAAGAACCCCUAACUAGCCCCGGAACCAAUGACUACGUUUAAGAUUUUUAAGUAAAUAAUCUUAUCGUAAAGACUUAGCGGGCUAAUAAAUAAUAGCCGUUACAGAAUGAAUUGUUGGAAAAAUUAAAAAGUAAAUUUAAAAAAUACGAAAAAAUGAAGAUAUAUAUUGAGAAGAUUAAAAUCGAGUUAAGGCAGUAUGUGCCUGACCAAAAUGUCCGCCUGCUGCCUGCCAAUUAAGCUGUGAUUAUGUUUAUUUUUUUGUACUAUUUUUAUUAUGUUUAAAAAACAAAAAAUAAUAACAAAAUUACUGUAAUAAUUAUUGCAUUUUCAUCGUUCGAUCAAAUAGAUUUACGUUAUUGAUCACUCACUUAUAAAUAGAUAACUAAAAAAUUUUUAAAAAUGCACACGAUUGUCACAAUUAAAUAAUUAGACGUAUAUCCUAAAAGUCGCCAAACUAAUUUUAUGAUCCACAUCAUAUAUAUAUAUAUAAAUAUAUAUACAUAAAUAUAUAUACACAGAAAAAAAAAUUUUUUGGCACAAGAAAUAUUUUGCAUUAUGAGUUAAAGACAAAACUUUUCUUAUCUGGAAAAAAUUUCUUGGCACAAGAAUUUUUUUCUCACCCC